UGGAGUAACGCUGUAAACCAUGACACACCUUUGUCAGGACUUGUUUGGAAGCAAAGAGUUGAAAGAAACAAGGUGGAGAGAAAGAGAAGAGAACAUUUUUGAAAGAUCACUCAGCUUUAACACACCUUGGCAGGGUCUGGAUAAAAAAAAGUGAGCCCUGCAAAUUUCUAGAAGAAAACAUCAGGGGAAGAAAGAAAGGGGGAUUUAUUCAAAGUUGUUUUUAAUUUCUUCAAAACCUCAAGCCAGGUGGCUAUGGUAUGGAUGCAAUCAAGAAAAACAAACGAGAUGGUACUGAAGUCACUGAAAGAAUUGUCACUGAAACAGUAACCACAAGACUUACAUCCUUACCACCAAAAGGCGGGACCAGCAAUGGCUAUGCUAAAACAGGCUCUCUUGGCGGAGGGAGCCGUCUGGAGAAACAAAGCCUGACUCAUGGCAGCAGCGGCUACAUAAACUCAAGUGGAAGCACACGAGGCCAUGGCUCCACCUCUAGUUACAGGAGGGCUCACUCACCUGCCUCCACUCUGCCGAACUCCCCAGGCUCAACCUUUGAAAGGAAAACUCACAUUACCCGCCAUGCAUACGAAGGGAGCUCCAGUGGCAACUCUUCUCCGGAGUACCCUCGGAAGGAAUUUGCCUCUUCUUCAACCAGAGGACGGAGUCAAACACGAGAGAGUGAAAUUCGAGUUCGACUGCAGAGUGCAUCCCCAUCUACCCGAUGGACAGAAUUGGAUGAUGUUAAGCGUUUGCUCAAGGGGAGUCGAUCAGCAAGUGUGAGCCCCACCCGGAAUUCCUCCAACACACUCCCCAUCCCUAAGAAAGGCACUGUGGAGACCAAAAUUGUGACAGCGAGCUCCCAGUCAGUGUCAGGCACCUACGAUGCAACGAUCCUGGAUGCCAACCUUCCCUCCCAUGUGUGGUCCUCCACCUUGCCCGCAGGGUCCUCCAUGGGGACCUAUCACAACAACAUGACAACACAGAGCUCGUCCCUCCUCAACACCAAUGCCUACUCUGCAGGAUCAGUCUUUGGAGUUCCAAAUAACAUGGCAUCCUGCUCACCCACUUUGCACCCUGGACUCAGUACAUCCUCCUCAGUAUUUGGCAUGCAGAACAAUCUGGCCCCCAGCUCGACUACCCUGUCCCAUGGCACCACCACUACUUCCACAGCAUAUGGGGUGAAGAAAAACAUGCCCCAGAGCCCUGCGGCUGUGAACACUGGCGUUUCCACCUCUGCUGCCUGCACCACAAGCAUGCAGAAUGAUGACCUUUUGCCCAAGGACUGCAAGUUCCUGAUCCUAGAGAAAGACAACACACCUGCCAAGAAGGAGAUGGAGCUGCUGAUCAUGACCAAGGACAGUGGGAAGGUCUUUACGGCCUCACCAGCCAGCAUCACUACAACUUCUUUUUCAGAAGACACCCUAAAAAAAGAAAAGCAAGCUGCCUACAAUGCUGACUCAGGCCUAAAAGCUGAAGCUAAUGGAGACCUGAAGACUGUGUCCACAAAGGGCAAGACCAGCACUGCAGAUAUCCACAGCUACGGCAGCGGAGGUGGUGGUGGCCACGGAAGAGGUGGCGGUGUUGGUGGCGCUGGUGGCGGCCCAUGGGGAGCGGCGCCAGCCUGGUGCCCCUGCAGAUCCUGCUGCAGCUGGUGGAAGUGGCUCCUGGGCCUGCUGCUCACCUGGCUGCUGCUCCUGGGGCUGCUCUUCGGCCUCAUUGCUCUGGCGGAGGAGGUGAGAAGGCUGAAGGCCCGUGUGGACGAGCUGGAGAGGAUCAGGAACAGCAAGCUGUCCUACGUGGAUAGGCUGGUGAGAGACAGCAAGGACGGCCUCCAGGGCAUAGCACCUGCAGUAGGAGCAGAUCUGGACAAAAUUGGCCUGGACAGCGAAAGCCAGGAGGCGCUCUGGUUGUUCGUGAGGAAAAAACUGAUGACAGAACAGGAAAAUGGAAAUCUCCGAGGAAGCCCUGGCCCUAAAGGUGACAUGGGAAGCCAAGGCCCUAAAGGAGAUCGAGGGUUCCCUGGCACUCCAGGUAUCCCUGGGCCCUUGGGCCACCCAGGUCCAGAAGGACCAAAGGGUCAAAAAGGCAGCGUGGGAGAUCCCGGCAUGGAAGGCCCCAUGGGCCAGAGAGGGCGAGAAGGCCCCAUGGGACCUCGCGGUGAGCCAGGGCCUCCUGGGUUUGGAGAGAAAGGGGAAACAGGGGCUGCUGGUGAACCAGGUCCUCACGGCCCACCUGGUGUCCCAGGUUCUGUGGGUCCCAAAGGUUCCAGCGGCUCUCCUGGCCCACAGGGACCCCCAGGUCCUGUAGGUCUCCAAGGGCUCCAAGGUGAAGUGGGACUUCCUGGUGUCAAAGGUGACAAAGGACCGAUGGGACCACCAGGACCUAAAGGUGACCAGGGUGAGAAAGGACCUCGAGGUCUCACAGGCGAGCCUGGCAUGAGAGGUUUGCCUGGUGCUGUUGGUGAGCCUGGAGCUAAAGGGGCAAUGGGUCCUGCUGGCCCAGAUGGACACCAAGGCCCAAGAGGUGAACAAGGUCUUACAGGGAUGCCUGGAAUCCGUGGCCCACCAGGACCUUCUGGAAACCCAGGAAAGCCAGGUCUCACAGGACCCCAGGGACCUCAGGGACUUCCUGGUACCCCCGGUCAACCAGGAAUAAAAGGUGAACCAGGAGCUCCAGGCAAGAUCGUGACUUCAGAGGGGUCAUCGACGCUCACCGUCCCAGGCCCCCCAGGACCUCCUGGAGCCAUGGGACCCCCAGGACCUCCAGGUGCCCCAGGCCCUGCUGGCCCAGCUGGUCUCCCAGGACAGCAAGGUCCUCCAGGCCCCAGAGGACACCAAGGCGAGCAAGGCCUCCCAGGUGUCUCAACCUCAGGGUCUGGUUCUCUCGGACUCAACCUUCAGGGACCACCAGGCCCACCUGGCCCCCAGGGACCCAAAGGUGACAAAGGUGAUCCAGGUGUCCCAGGGGCUCCUGGCAUUCCUGGUGGUCCUUCUGGAGGGGCAUCAUCAAGCACCAUGUACGUGCCAGGCCCGCCAGGUCCCCCUGGGCCCCCUGGGCUUCCAGGCUCCAUCAGCAGCUCUGGCCGGGAGAUUCAGCAGUACAUCUCUGAGUACAUGCAGAGUGACAGUAUUAGGUCUUACCUAUCUGGAGUUCAGGGCCCGCCAGGCCCACCUGGUCCCCCAGGACCUGUCACCACCAUCACAGGCGAGACUUUCGACUAUUCAAGGCUGGCGAGCCAAGUUGUGAGCUACUUGCAGACUUCGGGGUACAGCAUCAACUUGUCCUCCUCGUCCUCCAUCUCUUCUGAAGACAUCCUGGCUGUGCUGCAGCGGGAUGAUGUGCGUCAGUACCUACGUCAGUACCUGAUGGGCCCUCGGGGUCCACCGGGGCCACCUGGAGCCAGUGGAGAUGGGUCCCUUCUGUCUUUGGACUAUGCAAAGCUGAGUAGUCACAUUCUCAGCUACAUGUCGAGUUCUGGGAUCAGCAUUGGGCUUCCUGGUCCCCCAGGGCCACCUGGCUUGCCGGGAACCUCCUAUGAGGAGCUCCUCUCCUUGCUACGAGGAUCUGAAUUCAGAGGGAUCAUUGGACCCCCAGGUCCCCCGGGGCCACCAGGGAUCCCAGGCAAUGUGUGGUCCAGCAUCAGCGUGGAGGACCUGUCCUCUUACUUACAAACCGCCGGCUUGUCAUCCAUCCCAGGUCCUCCAGGCCCACCUGGUCCUCCAGGUCCUCGAGGGCCCCCUGGUGUCUCAGGAGCUCUGGCAACCUACGCAGCUGAAAACAGCGACAGUUUCCGGAGUGAGCUGAUCAGCUACCUCACAAGUCCUGAUGUGCGCAGCUUCAUUGUUGGCCCCCCAGGCCCUCCUGGGCCACAGGGACCCCCUGGGGACAGCCGCCACCUGUCCACGGAUGCCUCCCACAGUCGAAGCAGAAGCUCCUCCUCACACAGCUCGUCCAUCAGGCGGGGCAGCUCCUACAGCUCUUCCACGGGCACAGGGGGUGCAGCUGCAGGAGACGGGGGGCCCUAUGGCACUGACAUCGGCCUAGGUGGAGGCUAUGGGGCAGAAGGCAGCAUGUAUGGUGGCAAUGGCGGACCAUUCGGGGCUGACUUUGCUGGAGGUCUGGAUUACAAUAAGCUGGCUGUGCGGGUAUCAGAGAGCAUGCAGCGUCAGGGCCUACUGCAAGGGAUGGCCUACACUGUCCAGGGCCCACCAGGCCAGCCGGGGCCCCAGGGGCCACCUGGCAUCAGCAAGGUCUUCUCUGCCUACAGCAAUGUGACUGCAGACCUCAUGGACUUCUUCCGAACUUAUGGAGCCAUUCAAGGACCCCCUGGGCAAAAAGGAGAGAUGGGCACUCCAGGACCCAAAGGUGACAGGGGCCCUGCUGGACCACCAGGUCAUCCUGGGCCACCUGGUCCUCGAGGGCACAAGGGAGAAAAAGGAGACAAAGGUGACCAAGUCUAUGUUGGGCGGAGAAGGAGAAGUGUUGCUGUCAAGCCGUGAGCUAGCCGUGGCAGGACAGCUCCUGGACCGGUUCUCAUCAUGCAGGUGGCACUUAGGUCACAGCUCUCCAGAGGGUGAAAGCUAGAGUCUGUCAAUGUCCUACUGAGACAGCACGGCCAAUCUAGCAACGCUUGUUUUAGUCUGAACACUGUAUACAUAUGGAAUUCAGUCAAGGAUACACAAUCUGAAACAGCUUCAUGGGUGGACUCUAAUAAGAGUAGUUGCAAUGUUUUAGAAUGAGACUUACUUCUCUGCUAUCUAGAUCUGAACUCCUUGGCUUCUUUACUUAGUUCAAGCCCUAGCCUAGGAAAGCUGGGAAAGUUGGGAGUUUCUGAGCUUUGCCUAAAUAUGAGCCCAAAAAAGGGAGGGUGGGGAUGGGGUGCCUUCCUGGAGGUGACACUUGAUAGAGGUGUGUUCUGCUUCCUGUGGCAGGGCUGUGCUGUCAGCUCCUUGCUCCCCUGUUCACUCUGCAUUCUCUAGACAGUUGGCUAAGAAGUGACUCUUGUAACUAAAAAAAUUAAGAAAUUCACUUUCCCUCUCUGAGGUGGCAGAGUUUCUAAUGGUUAUCAUAUAUGCAUAUCACACUCCCAUUUGCUUAGAAAGUCUGAUUGCAGCUAUGACUGUCCAUAGGCCCAUGCUAGAGUUCAUGGAUAUGUUAUACUGAACCAGGCCACAGCAAACAGAAAAAGAAGGGUGAAGGGCAACGGGCAAGGAAGGGAGAAUGGGGGGGGAAACAAUACCUGAUGCUGGGGACACAGCCUCAGCUCAAGACUCACCCUCCGUUCUGCACUCAGAAAACGGCACUUGGGGGACUGGACGCAGCUGGUCUUUGAGCACUUUUUAAUGUCUAAAACAUUUGUUUGUGGUCUAUCAGAUGAAACUUCAUUUCAACUGUAACAUUUCCAAUUAAAGUUUUUUUUUUUUUCUUUUUUACUAUCAGGUUUAAUAUGAUUCCUCUGACCACAGAAAGGUUAAAAAAUAUUCUGGGUUAAUUGGGUCUGACUCUAACACUGUUUACUACAAACAUAAGAAAACAAAACUGGUUGUAUUUUGGGACACGGCUUCUGGUAUUUCAUUCAAUCCCUGAGGUCUUUAAAGGCAAAUCUUUAGAUACCUGCAACUAUGAACUCAAUCUAGAGAUAUUACGAAGCACAUGAAAGUUUUCCCUAAGCAUAAGUUAUCUGAAGUAAACAUGCAACAAAUGAGCAACAGGAUUAUUUGCAAUUAGGUAAUGCUUUAUCCUGGGGCAAUGGAAUUAUGAUUGUGGGGCAAGUAAUCCAUGAAAUAUCAAAACUAUUACAGAAAAAUGUAUACAUCUCAAAUGUCUCAAAUAAAUGCAUAGUAAAAUCAGACACUCCAAUUCAGAAGAGACUAUACUUGGCCACUUUGUGAAUUUGUUACAAGUUGUGACUCUCAAAUUGCUGGACAAUUAAAAAUGGAAUUAAAAUUACAUCGACUUCUACACC